UCUUGACUGCCAUUGCAUUUUAUUACCACGAGAGUCACUUGUCAAUUAGUGUUGUUCGCUGUUUUUAAAAUUGUUAAAUAAUAUUUGUUUAAAUUUUGUUUUUAAUUACAAUAAUGAAACUGAAAGUGGUUGCUUAUAAUGAUAGUUCGGAGGAUGAAGGCGAGGAGGAUAUGCAGAAUGAUUUUCCUGAAUCCGAGGAAUCUGAUUUAGGUGAGGAGGAGGAAGAGCAGUUGCAGGAAUCUGCGGAGGAGAUGGAGGGAGAUGAAGAGGAGUCCGUUGAAGAAGAGCCCGAGUCCGUUAAGCUGGUGUCUGAUAGACAUCCCUAUCCCACUCCCCCACCCGAUGAUGGAUUGAAAAUGGCGACAAACGAUACGGAAAACCCUAAGUCUAUGGUUCCAAAAUCAAAGGGUUCACUUAUAUCCCUAGCACUGAUGGCUAUUGGAAAGCUGUCGAGUCGAUCGGGAUCAUCGGUUCCUGCCAUUAUUGCGUAUCUCAAGGAUAAUGGUCACGAGUUCAAGGAUGCAAAGAAAACGGGUCGUCUCAUACAUCGCGCCCUAAGAGUAGCCGAGACGAAUGGCGAGGUGGUAAUGUUAAAGCGCUCCUUUAAACUUACUGAUAAGCAGAAGAGCUCCUCCAAGGCUGUGGAGAAAAUGAAAGCAAAAAAGGAGAAGGAAAAGGAGAAGGAAAAGGAAAAAGAGAAGAAGGCCAAAGCUGAGAGAUUACUAAAGGAGAAGUCCGAAAAGAAAGAGGCGAAGGCGAAGGCAAAGAAAGCACCCAAGGAAAAAGCCAGUAAGCCAACGGAAAGGAAAACAAAAGAAACUGCGAAAAAAAAGAAACCUGUAGACGGUGCCAAGAUUAAACCAGGAUCUAAGGCAGUCGCCUCAGCUGCUGCAGAGGCUAUGCUGGGCACUCCAAAAACCACAUCUCCAGAAGUAGAAAAGAAGUCGGUCAAGUCCAAAGCUAAGCUUAAAGUGGAAUCAUCUGAAGUGGCGAAAGCCAAAAAACCGCGCAAGUCCAUCGGCACUCUGGCUCAGCCCAAGACGGCCAGGCCGAAAGUCAAGGCAGUCAAGAAACUGGUGGCUGCCAAAGAAAUUAACGAGACACCGGAUAUUUCCUCGGCCGACUUGUCGAAAGCCCAGGCCAUGUCCACGCCUCAAGGAGCUACCAAGGCAAAGCGCAAGCGCAAGGCCUGAUUUUAAUGGUAUUUUUUUAUCGAAAGUUUUGUAAUUAAAUAUCCUCAAUAUAAUUGUGUAGUUUUA